UAGUAAAAAUUCGUGAUCAACUUGCCCCCCCGUCUAUACCCACCAACCCAUAGAAUCGUGUUCUUUUCAGAAACCUUGACGGCAACCCUAACCCUAAUCGCUUUCUACCUCGUUGUUGAUUCAGAAGAAACCCAAGAAACACCUCGUUUUCUAAAUCGUUGUUCAAGUCAGUCGAUCUUUUACCUUCAUUGAAUCGAAAUUUGAGAUUGGAUUCUAGAGUUGAAAGGGAAAGCAAAAGGGGUUUGAAAAUAUGGGGAAGAAGAAGAAGAGGGCGUCCGAUAAGGUAUGGUGCUACUACUGCGAUCGGGAGUUUGACGACGAGAAGAUUCUCGUGCAACACCAGAAAGCGAAGCACUUCAAGUGCCAUGUCUGCCAAAAGAAGCUCUCUACAGCCGGCGGCAUGGCCAUCCACGUUCUUCAGGUCCACAAAGAGACCGUCACCAAAGUGCCGAAUGCGAAGCCUGGCAGGGAAUCAACAGAUAUUGAAAUAUAUGGAAUGCAAGGUAUCCCACCUGAUGUCUUGGCUGCCCACUAUGGAGAAGAAGAGGAAGGGGGUCCAUCAAAAGCAGCCAAAGUAGAUGUUUCAGCAUCACAGUAUGUUGGAGGUGUUGUUCCAGGGGCGUUGCCUGCUGCUUAUCCUUCUCAAGCAACUUUGGGCGCAAUUCCACCAUUGUAUAAUCCUGCUAUACCUAUGCCCCGUCCUGGUUGGCCAACUCCACCCCGACCUCAGACGUGGUAUUCACAGUAUCCUGCUGUCUCAGUGCCACCACCUCCACCUAUCAGCUUGCCACAACAGCCCUUAUUCCCUGUCCAGAAUAUGAGACUCCCUGUUCCAUCCACUGCUCCUCCAACCCUGACAUCAUUUCCAGUUACUCCUCCAGGGUUGCCAACAGCUACAUCAUCUAUUCCGGUUUCUCAACCGUUGUUUCCGGUUGUUCAUCCGAACAGUAUUCCUGCUCAGAGUUCACCAUUUUCGGCACCUAAACUUUCAACAAGCUCUUCAGCUGAAGUGCAGAGCUCAGUUGACCCAAACCUAGCCAACAGCACUCCGGCAAUAAAUGGCUAUCAGGCUGCAGGCUCACAAGCUGCAGUACCAGUGAAUUCACAUUCUUAUGCCUCUGGGCCUAAUACUAGUGGACCUUCAAUUGGACCACCACCUGUAAUUGCUAAUAAAGCUCCUGCUACUCAGCCAACAACAAAUGAAGUCUACCUGGUUUGGGAUGAUGAAGCUAUGUCCAUGGAAGAAAGAAGAAUGUCAUUACCAAAGUAUCAGGUGCAUGAUGUUACUAGCCAGUUAUGCUGUAUCACAUCAUAUCAAAGCAAUCCAAUCUACUGUGUCUACAAUUCAACCCUCUUGAUUGUGAUGGGCUGCUUUACCGUUUCUCUUUUAAUUGUUUGCCAUUUUCCACUUGGCUAGCAAUCCCCACAUUUUGUGGCCAUCAGUGAUUCAAGUACGUAUUUUCAUUAUCAUCUUUGCUGAUAAUUAUAUAACGAUCUGGCAAGUGCACCUCAAUUAGAGGAAUCUUCAACAUUCGAACAAAGCUCUCAUGUUUCUGACAAGUAUGCUCUUUCUAUGUUUAUCUAUUUUAUAUAUUCUGGGUGGAAGAACAUACAUACCCAAAAGGUUUGUGCAUGACUAUUUUUUUGUUAAAAUAAAGCUAUUAGUGGUCGAACAGUGGCUCAAACUUGGCCCAGGUCAGAUUCUUUUGCAGAUUUGUUACUGAGGCAGUCUGAUAUUAUCAGACUGGUUCAUCAUGCUGAUUGCUGGUUACAUUCAAGCUCUAAUUUCCUAUUCUGAUUUUACAUGUGUCAGAUGAGCUCAAUAGAUGCAGCAAUUGACCGGAGAAUAUCAGAAAGCAGGUUGGCCGGGCGUAUGGCUUUUUAGGAGCCAGUUUCAAUAUCUCGGAGGAGCCAGGUGCUUAUGCCAAGUUCUAGUUUUCUAUAUCCACUGCCCUCUCACUUAGAUUGCUUGCUUGCUUGCUUGGUCUCCUCUUGCAAUGUACUCACUCUGGUUGUAUUUUUUUUGGGGGGUAAAACAUGGAUGGACCGUUUGCGGGACUAAAUUACACAUUUGAUUGGCGUAGGCUGUGCAUUAACAAUUAUUUAUUUCCUUUGAAACUAAAAUUCGGGUAUUAUAUUAUUGUGUUACUGCAAUUCUGCAAAAUUCUAAUAAUUGGUUGGUUGGAGAAAGUAUUAUUGUGAUGAGAUG